AUGAUCCUAAAUUAUAUGAGAACUGUGAAUGAAACAUCAGACUGUAAGCACGGUGUGUUUGAUUUAGCAGUGAUCGCUACAGCACUACGCGAGGUACUGAAGGGCCUUGAAUACUUCCACAAUAAUGGUCAGAUACACAGAGACAUCAAGGCUGGCAACAUACUGCUAGGUGAGGACGGUGUGGUCCAGAUCGCUGACUUUGGUGUAAGUGCCUGGCUUUCUACUGGAGGUGAUCUUUCCCGUCAGAAGUCCCGACACACUUUUGUUGGCACACCAUGUUGGAUGGCACCAGAAGUUAUGGAGCAGGUGUCAGGUUAUGAUUUUAAGGCAGACAUCUGGUCAUUCGGCAUCACAGCGAUAGAGAUGGUGACAGGAACUGCUCCAUACCACAAAUACCCUCCAAUGAAGGUCCUGAUGUUGACCCUACAGAAUGAUCCACCCACCCUGGAGACGGGGGCAGAAGAGAAGGACCAGUACAAGAGCUAUGGCAAGACCAUAAGAAAGAUGGUGACAGACUGCCUACAGAAGGACCGCCCCACCGCCUCAGAACUCCUCAAACAUCCAUUUUUCAGAAAAGCCAAAGACAAGAAGUACUUGCAGUCUGUUCUACUGCAAGGAGGGCCAUCCAUAGAGGAAAGAGUGGCCAAGGAUGAACCCUUCUUAAGACGGAGGGUGAGUUUAGAUUCCCAUCAGAUGAUUAAUAUUUAAUCAUUCAUAAUUAAGAUGGACCCUUUCCUCGGAACCACCCUUAGAUUUCCUCCUUCGGCAGGUGAAACCGUGACUGACGUAUGAUAUAAAAUUCAAUUUUGUGUUGCGUUUUCUUUCUAAAAAUAUAUUUUCUUCUGUUCUGGGUAAAUUUUAGCAGAACUGUACCUUUAGUAUUCUAAAUUUAUUUGAUGCAUCUUUUCUUUACUUUUUAUUUGGAAAAUUAUUAAUUUAUUCUUUACUUUUACGUCAAUCUUUUGUUUUUCUGCCUACAUUGUGCACCUUCCCCCUUACCCAGAACUGCACUGUAGCAGGCCCUGCCUACAGUGUGGUCCAGGCCACUUCCCUUCAUCUCCUUUAUAACUCUUUUUUUUUUCACUUCACUAACACUUCCCUGACAGGUAUAGCCAUCUGGUGUAUCAUAUUGGUUUUGUACUGUGCUCAUGAUUCUUCCCAGCAGGUACUGUGUUGUCAGCAUCAGUCAUAUUGGAUGUGAUGUGGUAAGGUAUUGUGUAUUUCGUCACAUGAUGUCAUUUGCUCAAGAAAUUUGAAAACAAUAGAAAAAUCACCAAAUUCCAUUGAAUUAUGAAGCCAGUGAGUGUACAUGAUCACUAAAGGAAUCUUAUUUAUUUAUUUUAGGGAAAAUUGAUAAAGGGAAAUAUUAGACUGCAUACUGAAUGUAACAGAAUGUUUGUAAGUUGAAAAGAUGAGAGUUAGACCCACCAUAUGAUAUGAAGGUUGGAUCAUGUGGUGGCUUACUGAAGCGUGAUUGAAAGGGAUAAGUUUGUGUGCGUGUUCAUCCUUAACAUUAAAUUUACGUCUAAGACAAUUAAUCGUGUGCUUCUGGUGUUCAUCCAAAAGAAGAAAUAGUUUGGUUAGUUCAGAAGCAAAUGUUAAAUAUUGGUGAAAAUAUACAGUGAAACCUCUAUUUAACGGACUUUAUGGAGAGAAAAUUAUGUUAUGUCGAGGGUCUGAUAGAUAUGGAACUUCCACUUAAUGAACUACAGUAUAUAGAGAUGAAACGUCCAUUUUAUUGAGGCUCUGUUUGAUGAAACUCUCAUCUACCGGAUUAUAGGGAAGAAGUCCAUUAUAUGGAGGUAUAACUGUAUUGUCUUCUCUCUGUGAUUACUCACUUGAUAUUAAGUUAGUAGAGGUGAAGGUAGACUGUUACAUGCAUCCCGGGUUAUGGAAGGGUUCCGUUCCUGAAAAUAUUUCCGCAUCGCAAAAUUCCAUAACGCGGGACCAAUUUUCCCAUUGACUUUUAUUAUAUAAGUUGAGAUGCGUUCCCAAGGAAAUUUUUUUCUGCCCAAAAAGGUAAUACAAGCACCUAUCAGUAAGAAUGAAAAUAACAGUUUCAAACACAUACAAUGAUGUAUCAUAACAAUAAAUGUACACACUGGAAUAAAACUCACCAGAAAUAAUGUUGAAUGCUGCAGGAGGUGGUGAGGUGAAGUGGUGCAAUCAGAGUUACUGGGAGUUACUGCUGCAGG